CAGACCAACACACAUGCAUGCCAUCUUAACUUUCGGUUAAAGUGUUCUAAUUAGUCAUAUCCUGCAUUAAACUUACUGGGUUCUUCCUUAUUGCCUCUCUAUUCUAUUCUAGAGACAACCCCUCUACCAUUUUCUUUAGAUUAAUCAAUGGGAAUUGAACAACAGCAACAGUCUCCAAAGAUUGCAAAGAAUUCAUAUUUAUCGUUUAAACAUGUCUUUUAUUUUGUGUUCUUUGUGAUUGGUUUGUCCAUUGGAAUCACAACUAGUUUGUACCUUAAAACCUUCUCUUUCUACAUUCAAACAACCCUGUCAUUGCCAUCGUUAUCAGCAACAAUUCUAGAGCAGUCACCACCAUCACCAUUACCACCAUCACCACCACCUCCACUACUAAUAGCUCUACAAUCACCACCGCUGCCGCCGCAGCCAGUACUAAUAGCUGUACAACCACCAUCACCACUACCACCCACUAUACCGAAUGAAAGUAGGAUUGCAUCCAAUAAUAAGCCCUCUCUCAUGCACAACAUGGAUGAUGACGAGUUGUUUUGGCGAGCAUCAAUGGUUCCAAGUAUUAGAGAGUUCCCUUUUAAUUAUGUCCCAAAGGUUGCUUUCAUGUUCUUGACAAAAGGGCCUAUACCUUUGGGACCAUUGUGGGAGAAAUUCUUUAAAGGUUAUGAAGGUCGUUAUACCAUUUAUGUUCACCCUCAUCCGUCAUAUAAUGAAUCUGUCCCUGCAAGUUCUGUUUUCCAUGGAAGAAGAAUUCCAAGCAAGCCAGUGGAAUGGGGGAAACCAACAAUGAUUGACGCAGAGAGGCGCCUCUUGGCUAAUGCACUACUAGAUCUCUCUAAUGAAAGAUUUGUAUUACUCUCAGAGACAUGCAUUCCUUUGUUCAACUUCACAACAAUAUAUAACUAUCUCAUUGGCUCCAAUAAGAGCUUUAUAGGCUCAUAUGAUGACCCAAGAAAAGUUGGUCGUGGUCGAUACAAUCCUCAAAUGUUUCCAACAAUUUCUAUAGCAGAUUGGAGAAAAGGGUCUCAAUGGUUUGAGGUCAAUCGCAAGUUAGCGAUUGAUAUUAUAUCAGACAAGAAGUACUACCCUGUAUUUAGUGAGUUUUGCAGUCCUCCAUGUUACAUGGAUGAGCACUAUAUUCCUACGAUAGUGAACAUUCUGAGCCCAGAGGAGAACUCGAAUAGGAGUAUCACUUGGGUUGAUUGGUCUAAGACUGGUCCACACCCAGGAAAAUUUGUCAGGCAAGCUGUUAAUAUUGAGUUCUUGAAUCAAAUAAGGUUUGGUACUAACUGCACCUAUAAUGGCAAUGCUACUACCUCUAUGUGCUUUUUGUUUGCUAGGAAGUUCAUGCCAAACACUUUGCAACCUUUGUUGCAGAUUGCAUCAGAGUUUCUACAUUUCAGUACUUGAUAUUUGUA